CGUGGGCAGCGCUCCGAGAGAGGGCACCUCCGUUGGAAAAAUAAAAGUGCCCUUUUAAUCAAAGAGGGAGGCAAGGGGGGCGAGCACGGCGGCCGGGAGCCGAGGCAGGGAAACUCCGCUCCGUCCCCGUCUCUCCGGGUAUCGGUGCCGUCCCCCCGGGCUGGUCCCCGGACGGGAUGGCAGCGGGGAGAGCGGGGCCCGAGCGGCUCCAGGGCAGCCCCUCGGCACCGGGGGUCGCCGGGGGGUGGGAAGGGGAGAGCGGGGCUGGGCCACGGCCCGGUGCGGGACAAGUGCCGCCCUUUAACCCCUUCCUCGCCUUAACGGGAGAGCCGACAGACUGCAGAGCGAGGUGGGGGGCGGCAAGAGGUCUGUCCGGGGCUGUGACAGAGAGACUGCCCCUCUGCCCCGAGACCAGCCCCCUAAAACCACCUGCCGAGGGUGGCCAGGCCCGGCAGUUCCCGUGCUGUGCUUCCCCCCGUUAAACUUCCCCGGCACGGCUUUUCUGUCCCAGGGCGAGGGCGCGGGAGCCCACCCGGGCCGGGGUCCCUUCCACCUAGUCCGUGUCUGGCCCGGUGGAGCGGGGAGGCCAUCAGGACCUGGUGGGAGACGUGCCCUUCCUGAUCCCCCCGGCGUCCCCACAGGUGGGCGUGGGGCUCCUCCCGGCCGCUUCCCCCCUUCCCGCUCCACGCCCCCGGAGCAUCCCCGGCUGCAGGGCGCGGGCGGCCGCGGCUCCCCCAGCCCCGCCGGGGGCACGGUGGGCGUGGGGGCACAAGGGCCCCCGCCCGGCUCCUGGGGCGGCCCGGGAGUGUGGAGCCCGCGGUGUCGAGGCGGGCUCCGUCCCACUCCCAUCCCCCCCGCCCUCCCCGCGGCCUGUGCGCGUCUCUGGCUGAGCCGCCAGUGGAUGUCGUUGUUCUGUUCCUUGAGCGCGAUGUCACUCCUUUAGCAUGACCUCAAACGCGGCGGGGGCUGGGACCGCCAGUCAUUCUCCGUGCGAGGGCCGGGGCGGGAGGCAGGCGGGACCCAGCCCCGCCGCCAGCCCCACUUUUGUGGUGCCGCCGCCGUCGCGGUCUCCCCUUUCUCCGCGGGGCUGGCCGCGGGGCGGGCGAUGCUCCGGGCUCCCUGAGCCGCCGCAGCGCGUCCCCGGCCGAGGCGCCCCGCGGCUCCCCGCUAUGCCGCGGAGGGCCGCGGAGGCGCCGCUGGCCCUGCUGCUGGCGGCGGCGUGGCUGGCGCAGCCCCUGCGCGGCGGCUACCACGGCGUGAGCAUGUUCGCCGUGCAGAGCGCCCAGCCCGACCCCUGCUACGACGAGCACGGGCUGCCCCGCCGCUGCAUCCCCGACUUCGUCAACUCGGCCUUCGGCAAGGAGGUGAAGGUGUCCAGCACCUGCGGGAAGCCGCCGUCGCGGUACUGCGUGGUGACGGAGAAGGGCGAGGAGCAGGUCCGCACCUGCCACCUCUGCAACGCCUCCGACCCCAAGCGCGCCCACCCGCCCUCCUUCCUCACCGACCUCAACAACCCGCACAACCUGACCUGCUGGCAGUCCGACAGCUACGUCCAGUAUCCCCACAACGUCACCCUCACCCUGUCCCUCGGCAAGAAAUUCGAGGUGACCUACGUCAGCCUGCAGUUCUGCUCGCCGCGCCCCGAGUCCAUGGCCAUCCACAAGUCCAUGGACUACGGCAAGACCUGGGUGCCUUUCCAGUUCUACUCCACGCAGUGCCGCAAGAUGUACAACAAGCCGAGCCGCGCCGCCAUCACGAAGCAGAACGAGCAGGAGGCGGUGUGCACCGACUCGCACACCGACGUGCGGCCCCUCUCCGGCGGCCUCAUCGCCUUCAGCACCCUGGACGGCCGCCCCACCGCCCACGACUUCGACAACUCGCCCGUGCUGCAGGACUGGGUGACGGCCACCGACAUCAGGGUGACCUUCAGCCGCCUGCACACCUUCGGCGACGAGAGCGAGGACGACUCCGAGCUGGCCCGCGACUCCUACUUCUACGCCGUGUCCGACCUGCAGGUCGGCGGGCGCUGCAAGUGCAACGGGCACGCGUCGCGCUGCGUCCGGGACCGCGACGACAGCUUGGUGUGCGACUGCAAGCACAACACGGCCGGGCCCGAGUGCGACCGCUGCAAGCCCUUCCACUACGACCGGCCCUGGCAGCGAGCGACCGCCCGGGAGGCCAACGAGUGCGUGGCCUGCAACUGCAACCUGCACGCGCGGCGCUGCCGCUUCAACAUGGAGCUGUUCAAGCUGUCGGGGCGCAAGAGCGGCGGCGUGUGCCUCAACUGCCGGCACAACACGGCGGGCAGGCACUGCCACUACUGCAAGGAGGGCUUCUACCGCGACCUCAGCAAGCCCAUCUCGCACCGCAAGGCCUGCAAAGAGUGCGACUGUCACCCGGUGGGGGCGGCCGGCCAGACCUGCAACCAGACCACGGGGCAGUGUCCCUGCAAGGACGGCGUCACCGGCAUCACCUGCAACCGCUGCGCCAAGGGCUACCAGCAGAGCCGCUCCCCCAUCGCCCCCUGCAUAAAGAUCCCGGCUGCUCCUCCCACCACGGCCGCCAGCAGCGCCGAGGAGCCCGCAGAUUGUGACUCGUACUGCAAAGCCUCCAAGGGGAAGCUGAAGAUCAACAUGAAGAAGUACUGUAAGAAGGACUACGCUGUCCAGAUCCACGUCCUGAAGGCAGAAAAGAACGCGGACUGGUGGAAGUUCACGGUGAACAUCAUCUCCGUCUACAAACAGGGCAGCAACCGCAUCCGGCGCGGGGACCAGACCCUGUGGAUCCACUCCAAGGACAUAGCCUGCAAGUGCCCCAAAAUCAAGCCCAUGAAGAAGUAUCUGCUGCUGGGCAACAACGAGGACUCUCCCGACCAGAGCGGCAUCAUUGCGGACAAAAGCAGCCUGGUGAUCCAGUGGCGGGACACGUGGGCCCGGCGGCUGCGGAAGUUCCAGCAGCGGGAGAAGAAGGGGAAGUGUAAGAAAGCCUAAAGGAGGAGGAGAGGGAGAGACUGACUGUGCAUGCUGCUUUGUGUAGAGCUGGGGCGGGCAGGGACCGGCUGCCAGGGCGGGCUGGGGGGACAGGGGGCAGCGACCACGGCUGGGGGUGCUGGGCUUGCACCUCCUCUUCCAGGGAAGACAAAACCCAACGGGACCCAACAGGACCCAACAGGACCAAACAAAACCCAACAGAACCCAACCAAACCCAACAGAACCCAAUGGGACCCAACAGAGCCCAACAAAACCCAACAGAACCCAACAACACCCAACAGGGUCCGAGAAAACCCAACAGGACCCAACAGGACCCAACAGAACCCAACAAAACCCAACAGGAUCCAAGAAAACCCAACAAAACCCAAUCCACACACGGACAGAACCCACGAGUGGGGUGCAGGCCUGCAGCACCGGGGGCCCCCCAGCUCCCUCCUGCCCCGUUGCUGAAGAACUCAGAGACACCAAACUGCCUUCCAGCUGCCAACAUCUGCUGCCUCCAAAGCACGGCAUGGGCACAUCCACCCCGUAAGAAACUAAUCAACAGCACCGCUGGAAAUUAACCCCCCAUCCCCAAAACACGUGUUUGCAACUUAGGCUGACUGAGACAGUUCUUGUAGAGGAAACUAAACCGAGACUUUUGCUGAGGCCAGACCCGAGGAUGGGCAGACGGGGUCCUGGAGGGCUUUGGUGUCCAACAGCCAUGGCCACCCCUGGUGCUGCCUGCGGCGGCCGAGGUCUCCAGCUGUGAUGAUGCUCUGGGGCCACUUUAGGCACAGUCAAGAGGGGACAAUGUUGGUGGGUGACUUCCUGCUGUGCAUCACUCUGGGAAUGGCUCCGUGCCCAGCCCCUGGCCCUGAGGAGGCUGCCCCCACCACACUGAAGGAGUAUGAUCCCACAGGGUGCCCUGUCCCCCUCCAGCACCCAUUUCCAAGGAGUCAGUAACCAGGAUCCCCAAGGAAACACCCAGACCUGACAAAAAAUGAGUUGGCAUCCAGUUCCCACAAAGUGCCCCAGAAGAUCGUGCCAGUCUCAGUCCCUGAAUCUCCACUGUGGCAGCCCUGAACCUCCUCCAUGGGCUCUUCCCAUCUGCUGCUGUCAGCACACCAGGAACCCUCAGAUGGUAGAAGAUCCCUGCAGGUGACACCAGGGUGCUGGCUGGUCAUGGUCCCACCCCCAGACUCAGGCAGCUCUCCCAAACCCACAGCAGCUCUGCCCUCGCUCCCUCUGGAGCUGCAGCCCCUGACAUCCCUGUGAAAGUCUUGGAGACAAAGUGGGAGCAGAGGGUGCCAGGGGCUGUCCCCACGGGCCAGUGCAGAGCUCUGGGGCCUGGCUGGGCCACAGCCCACACAGGGAAGGGGAAGGUGUGACCCACCUGCAGCUCUCCUCCCUCUGCUGGGGGGCAACCAGCCAAUUUACAAUUCCCAAUUUCCAGUCAUUAAUGCACUGAGCGCAGUGGAGGCUGCCUCACCUCAGACUGGAGCACCCUGUGGGCAGGACUGGCUCUGGAGCUGCUCCCCCCGUGCCAGGCUGUUUUCUCCAUGCCAGGCUGCUCCCCUGCCACAGCAGCCCUGGGGAAUGGGGAUUUCAAUCCCAGCUCCUCCAGGGAGAGCAGGAAUUCCUGGGCAGGAAGGCAGGGAGGGCAGGACGCUACCUGGAGGAGAAGCAAACAUUAGUCGCUAUGAAAAGCAAAACCUCCCUGCUAUUUUUCCUUUUAGGAAACUUGGAAACAUCUCUUUUAUGACAUUUUCCAGUGGUUUUGCCUUGUUUUAUAGCAAUUGACAAUAUUUAUAUAAUGACAUAAACCACCAUAAAGCAGGGCAGCCAUGUAAAUAGGUGCACAGAGCAGGCUCCCAGGGCUGCUGGAGACACCACCCGCAGGGACCCAGCUCUGCUCAGCCUCCCCUGCCACCACAAGGCCCCCAAAAUUAAUCUGGGUAUUAGGAGAAAAAUCCCACCCUGGACAUCAAGCAACUCCCCCCACAGGUCUGUGUGUUCUCCCCUUUCCAAACUGGAUUUGGUUUUCCUUAUCUCAAAGCUCAAGGAGAGCUGAGGGUUUUGCAGCCAAGGGAAGUGAAGCCACCAUGUUCUGAGGGAUAAAAUCUGACCUCAAGUGUCUAAAUGGAGGCUUAAAGCCCUAAAACAGGGCUUGGGUGCUCUCCUGCAGCCACCAUUUAGGUAACAGAAUCCAACCCACAGCCAGCUCUCCACGUGGAGAGCAGCAGGAACGGCCAGGGCAGCUGGGGACUGGGGAACUGCCCAGAGCACACCUGGGCACCCAAGGCUCACUCCCAGCUUCCACCCUUGUCAAGCACAGCCGCCCUCCCAGCCCAGCCUGGACACCCCAACCCUCCAGGGACACCCUCCAGCCCCUCCCCUGCUCCCACUGCUCCUGGAGGCUGCAGAAGACCCCCACCCCUGACCCCACGGCCAGACCCCCCCAGGCACUGCCACAACCCAGGGGGUUCAGAAGGGAAUGAGCUGGCACAGCAGGCAGGGUCCUGGCACAGCAGGCAGGGUCCUGGCACAGCAGGCAGGGUCCUGGCACAGGGGGGUGUCCCCCACACCUGUCCCUCUGUCCCUGCUGGAGUUCUGUGCUUCCCGGGCAGCCCAAGCCCUGACUCCACCCUCGGUGCCCCUGCGCUGCCAGCAGCCCGACCUGCAGGAGCUGCUGCUGCACUGGAGCAGCUCUGCAGCCAGGGCACUGCAGCCCCUGGGGGCUGCACAGGGGCAGCCCUUCCUGCAGCAGCCCUGCGCCAGGACACCUCCGGGAGGACACCUCUGCUGGCCCCCAGGGGGACACGAUGGCCCUGGGGCACCGAGCCCCUGCUGGCCAGCAGGGACCCAGCCACGGCCACCACGGGGACAGCAGUGGCACCCCCAGGACAGCCGGGAAGGGGCCGUGGUGCCUUCAGGGAGGCUUUGGAGAGCAGCUGAAAUGCCAAAACAAUCAUCAGCGACCGUAGCACCCGACACAAGUCGCUUGGUCUCGUUUCUGUUCGUCCGUCCUGUCCGUGCCCCUCCCGCCCCCGCCUCACCCCUCACAAACCUGUGUUCCUUUUGGGGUUAUUUUGUUGAUUUUUUUUUUUUUUUUGUUAUUUCUGUUAAUAUCUUGAACUGUAAAUGUUGUUUAGUUAUGACCAUGGCAGACUGCUUUGGGCGAUGUUUCUUUACAAUGCAUACUAAUAUAUUAUGGUUAUUAUAUAUGAAUAUAUUUAAUGACACGUGAAAAAGUUGUGGAUUUUCUUAUUGUUUUUCCGAGUUGUUUCUUUUUUCCCCCUUUUUUUUCCCCUUUUGUUUGUUUGUUCGUUAGAUUGGCUGUAAUUGACCCGAAGGAGCUUGUAACUGUUCAGCACCCCCUCGGUAGAACUAAAGUCAGA